AUGAACAAUUUAGUAUUGAAUAAAAAUAGAAAAGCUGUAAAUUUAACCAAUAAAAAUGCUGUUACGAUGAAACGAGAAGAAUUGGACAAGCAUAUUUUUAAUUUGUCCGAAAUUCUAAAGUGUUCAAAUGCGACGCCCAUUCGCAAUCAUGAUGGUAUCGGCUAUGGAUGCAGCUACUGUAAUGAGAUAUUUAUUAAGCCUGAACAACUUAAAACGCACACAAUAAACGAUCAUGCCGAUGUAGCCACUACUAGCUUCAUGAAACGAAAGUGUCUGUCCGAGUUCUUUGUGAAAUUAGACAUUACAAAUUUACAUUGUAAAAUGUGCGGUAAACCUGCUAGUUCGUACGAGGAUUUAAUGGAUCAUCUACAUUCAGAACAUGGGAAGGGAGUGCACUUUGAUAUUAAAAAUCAAAUACUGCCAUUCAAAUUCGAAAACGAAACGUUAAGAUGCUAUAUUUGUCUGAACAAUUUUGCGAAAUUCAAAGCACUUCUCGAACACAUGAAUAGCCACUAUAGAAAUUUCGUGUGCCCCAUUUGUGAUACGGGCUUCGUGAACGAGAGGCGGCUACAAAUUCACAAGCAGAUCCAUAAGUCCGGUGUCUUCAGCUGCGGUGUCUGCACCAAGACGUACGAUACGUUGCAGAAGAGGAAAGCGCACGAGAAGUGCCACGUGCAACCCAGCGGGAGAAAUAAAUGUGGAAUUUGCAAUGAGGCUUUCCUUUGCUACAGACGGAAACAGCGGCACUUGCUCGAGGUGCACGGCAUCAAGCCGGUGGAAUUGAAAUGUCAGGCGUGUGACAAAGUGUUCUCUGAUCGCAGAGCGUUUACUGUACACACGAAACGGGAUCAUUUGAUGGAGCGCCGACACCAUUGCACGGAGUGCGACAUGAAGUUCUUCAAAUCGUCCGAGCUGACGCACCAUAUGCUUAAGCAUACGGGCGAGAGACAUUUUCAGUGUGAUCUGUGUUUAAAAUCGUACGGUAGGAAGACCACUCUAGCGGAACAUAUGCGUAUACAUAAUAAUGAUAGACGAUUCAAAUGUGAAUAUUGCGGGCAAGCGUUUGUCCAGAAAUGUAGCUGGAAAGGUAGUCCGCGUGAGGCUAUCAUCAAAAAAGAGAGAAAACCAAAAAACAAUGUAUCAGUAAAAUCUAUCAGAUCAAGGAAAGUAAAGAAGGAAACUGAAGCGUUAAAGAACGAAGGUCACAGUCUUAUAGGUAAUGCUACGAACGAAAAUGAAAUCGAUAAGCAUAUCUUAAAUAUAAAGGCAAUUCUUAAAAACUCUAAUGCGACAUUAAUCAGGGCUCACGGGGACGUUGGUUACAAAUGUUAUUUUUGCCAAGAACAGUAUCCAAAUCCAGCGGAUCUGAAGAUGCAUACGAUUGACCAGCACGAUGUCUCCACAGCCAGCUUUGCACGGGAUCGGAGAAUAUCCGAAUUCGUAGUGAAAGUGGACAUUACAGAUCUCCGCUGUAAAAUAUGCGGAGACAAUAUCGACAAUUUGGAAGAUCUAGUUAAACAUUUAAAGAGUCAUCAAAUUAAAAUGUUCUCGGAUAUAAAGAACCAUAUACUACCAUUUAAAUUUAAUACAGACGGUCUUAAAUGUUUCCUGUGCCUCAAUAUUUUCGCUAAAUUUAAGACGCUACAAGUACACAUGAGUAGCAGCCAUUACAAGAACUACAUGUGUGAUCUUUGCGACGCCGGUUAUGUAAAUCAGAGGCAGCUGGCUAAUCAUAAAACAUCUCACGACACGGGAACGUUCACUUGCGAUGUUUGUCAGAAGGUGUUCGAUACGAUUCGAAAGAAGAAACUCCAUGAGAAACUAGCUCACGAUGUGAAGCCGAAGUUCCAGAAUAGAUGUGGCCAUUGCAAUGAUACUUUUAAAUGGUUCCACAUGAAAGAAAAGCAUCUCCUCGAAGUCCACGGUAUACGGCCAGUGCCGAUUAAAUGCCAAGCUUGCGACAAGAUAUUUUGGCAUCGUAACAAGUACAGGACGCAUAUGAAGAGAGAUCACUUAAUGGAAAGACCACACAAGUGCACGGAAUGUGAUAUGACUUUUUCAACUCUAGCGACGCUCAAGAGUCACCAGUUAAAACAUAGUUCAGUAAAGAAUUUUCACUGUGGUAUAUGCUUGAAGUCUUACGCGAGGAAGAAGACCCUUCGAGAACAUAUGCGAAUACAUAAUAAUGAUAGAAGAUUUAAAUGCGAGCAUUGUGGGCAGGCCUUCGUUCAAAAAUGCAGUUGGAAGAGUCACAUACGCUCCAAGCAUGGCGAAUUAGCUUAG